GCAUACAACCACAUGUUGGCAUCACAUCCGAUUGUAUUAUCAUAAUAUCAUUCGUGCAAUCAUAAGUAGGCAGUCAUCAGUUUCCACUCGCGGCUUUUGCCUCGCAUCGACGUGUGUAUACUUCAUUAUUCAAGUCUAGUGUCUACUGUCUACCGUAGAUUGUCCAAGAUCGUUUUCAUCUCUAAUAAUAAUAAUUGCACAUUGAUACUUUACUUUAUCGGCCUCAUUCGAGUUUCGGCAUUAUCAUUGCCAUAUUACAAAGGCACGUGAGUGUUCAGUUCCAUUAUCAGCCGUUGCUACUUACCAGUACAAAUUUUAAUAUUAUCGUCUGAAUGCUCGAGUUCAUCAACCGUCAACGUGCCUCAUUCUUGUCUAUGCGUGCAAUUUUAUAAUAUUCGUACACACGUUAAGUACAUUUGAAUAUUAUUUACCUUUACCCUACAGUUAUUUUUUUCCUACUAAACAAUUAAAAAGUACCACGAGCAUAAUCUUAUAGGUGUUAAAAAAACAAAAAAUAUUAUAAAAAAUACAUCCGCUAAGCUACGCUUUUUACAAAUGUAUUUACGUUCAAUCUCCCGCACAUUGGUUAGCACUCGGCAGCUACGUUAUAACAAAUUCAAAGCCAUGUCGUCGCAAGAAUUUUUACAACAAAAUACUUACAGUACAAAGUCGUCAGAUCCUAUUCUGAGUUUAUCUUUGGAAGCAGCUGAUCCCGAAUUGUAUAAUUUGGUCAAGCAGGAGGCUCAGCGGCAGAAAAAAGGACUUGAAUUAAUAGCAUCUGAAAAUUUUACAUCUGUAUCUGUAUUACAAUGUCUUGGAUCAUGUUUGACAAAUAAAUACUCCGAAGGUCUUCCCGGUGCUAGAUAUUAUGGCGGAAAUCAAAUAAUCGAUCAGAUUGAAGUGAUGUGUCAAAAACGAUGUCUCGAAACGUUUUCACUGGAUCCGAGUCUAUGGGGCGUCAACGUUCAACCGUAUUCCGGUUCUCCUGCAAACGUUGAAGCUUACACUGCUCUGGUUGGCGCAAGAGGACGAAUAAUGGGCUUAGAUCUACCAGAUGGUGGACACAUCAGUCAUGGCCUGAUGACUCAAAAGAAAAGACUGUCGGCAGCAUCAAUAUUUUUCGAGACUUUACCAUAUCAUGUCGACUUGCAGACUGGUUUAAUAAAUUACGACGAGUUAGAACAAAGUGCAAAAAAUUUUAAACCAGACAUUAUUAUUGCUGGUGUAACGUCGUAUCCAAGAACAUUAGACUAUAAACGUUUUAAAGAAAUAGCUGUUAAUAGCGAUUCAUACUUGAUGGCCGACAUGUCUCACAUCAGUGGAUUGGUAGCAGCAGGUGUUAUUCCUUCGCCUUUUGAAUACUGUGACGUAGUUACAUCUACCACUCACAAGACGUUAAGAGGACCUCGUGCUGGAGUUAUAUUUUAUCGCAAAGGAGUUCGUUCAGUGACAAAAACUGGCGAGGAAAUUAUGUACGAUUUAGAAGACCGCGUAAAUGCUGCCGUUUUCCCUGGCUUCCAAGGAGGACCUCAUAAUAACGCUAUUGCAGGAAUAGCAGCUGCCAUGAAAUUAGCGACUACACAGGAGUUUAAAGAUUACCAGAAACAAGUCUUGAUUAAUUGUAAACAAUUAGCCGAGUCAUUAAAAGAACUCGGAUAUAAAAUAUCUACUAAUGGCACCGACGUGCAUAUGCUCUUGGUCGAUCUACGACCAAUCAAUUUAACUGGAUCAAAGGCUGAACACACAUUGCAGACUGUAGAAAUUGCUUGUAACAAAAACACUGUUCCCGGCGAUAAAAGUGCAAUGAAUCCUUAUGGAAUUCGUCUAGGCACGCCAGCACUGACUACAAGAGGAAUGAAGGAGAAAGAUAUGGCUAUAGUCGCUCAAUUAAUUCACAAAGGUUUAUGUUUAGCUUUGGACGUACAAAAGAUAUCCGGUCCAAAAUUGGUCAACUUCAAAAGUACUCUUACCUCCAAUCCAGAUUUUGUUGAACGCGUUCAGACGUUGACUAAAGAAGUCGAGAGUUUCGCUGAACAAUUCUACAUGCCUCAAUAGUUUUAUAGUUGUUAAACUAUUGAAAAUUAAAAAUUAAAAUUUUUUUAGAAAUCAUUCUAAAUAAGGAGCAUAUCAAAAAAAUCGAAAAAUAAUUUAAGUUUUUUACAUCAUCUUGUUAUCCUUUAUUAUUGAAAUAAAAAAUAUAAUUUAUAAA